AUGCAUCGCAAUCGCUCCUCUUCCAAGCGCUCUGGCUCUCCAGUUGGCGUUGAUACGGAUUCUUCAGGUGUUGCGCAGUUGGACGGUUCUUGCUUCGGUAAGCCGGCUGGCGCCAAGUAUCAGGACGACACUACUCAAGAAGGACCUCCUCCUCUUCCAUCUUUCUUGACUUUGACUAAUGUCGAAAUGCGCGACAAGUAUGCCGAGCUUGCUCGGCUUGAGAAUGAGCGUCUUGGUCUUGGCAAAACAGACUCCCAGUGGCAAAGGCGUGCUCCAGAUCCAGUCCUUGACCGUUACAGCAACAUAUUUCCUUGGGAAAAUCACCGUAUUAAGCUUCAAGUUCCCGAAGGAGUCAACGACUACAUUAAUGCUUCUCCUGUUAAGUUGGUCUCCACAUCAGAGAAGCAGAGCGAGUUGAAGUCUGGCGUACAAGACAAAUAUAUCUGUAUGCAGGGUCCGAAAAAGCAAACCGUUGAUCAUGUCUGGCAUAUGAUUUGGCACGACCUUGCUGAGCCCUACACGUCUUCUCCAGCUAUUGUCAUUAUGCUGACGCCUACACAUGCACCACUACCAGACGACCCGAGUGGAAGAAUGUAUGAGAAGUGCUACCAAUACUACCCACUUGACGAAAAUUCUCCCCCACUUCGUAUCAACGAAACGAAUCAGCUUGGAGAAAAAUUCAAAGCCUGUGUCAGAUUUGAGGAGAGAUUACCAGGUAUUGAAGGCACGCGUAUUGAGGUCCGGAAGCUUAUUAUGACGGUUGAUGGCGAGGAGGAUGAAGAGAAGCCAAUUUACCACUACUUGUACCCGAACUGGCCUGACUUCGGUGCACUGAAAGAGGAAAAUGUUGCCAGCAUCCUUUCGCUGAUGGAGUUGUCCCGCAAGCAGAACGGACGUGGUGAGAAUGCUCGUCUCAUCCACUGCAGUGCUGGUGUUGGCCGAACUGGCACUUUCGUUGCUUUGGAGUUCUUACUUGGAGAGUUGGAAGGUGGUGCUUGGGAGGGAUGGGACAAGAGUGACCACUCUGGAACCGAUCCGAUCUACGAAACCGUCGACCAGUUGCGCAUGCAGCGAAAAACUAUGGUUCAAGCCUACGAACAAUAUGCUUUCCUGUACGAGGUCUGCAGGAAGCGCUGGGAGGAGAAAUACAACACUCCAUGCAUCGGAGGUGAGCACACACACAUGCGCCCAAUGAACGAGGUUUGUAUCAAUGGUCUUGACGAGGACGAGAACGAAGAGGUCGGAGAGGACCGAUCCGCUAAGUCUUAG